CCAACAUAUACCCGUCGUCCUUUUCAUAUACUAGUAAUUAAUGAUUAUAAUAUAGUGAGAUAAACAUUAAGAACCUCAAGUUAAUAGGAUCACCUGCGUCAGGGAAACGUUCAUUAGCUAAAGAGCUAUUGAAAUCACGUCAUGUGUUCUAUUCAAUGUAAGCAAUCCUAUAUUAUUCAACCAAACAGCAAUCAACCUCAUGUUUAGGAAUAUUGCAGAGAGUUUACCAAAGAGAAAUCUUGAUCGAAUAGAUUAUAUUCUUAUAUUUGUUGAUAUGACAAAUACAAAUAGCCUACUUUUAAUGAAUCAAUUACUUGAAAAUAUCUCACCAAAAUAUCUAUCAACCAAGGUGAUCAUUAUUGUGACAAAAGUCGAUUUAACAGCAAGUUGGGCAUUUGAAUACUCUGAACUUGAUUCUAUCGCUCAAUUGUUUCACGACUUGCAGAUAUUUCGUGUCAACUUAACAGUAAAAAUACAUGAUGGUCAUCUAUUCAUAUUUCUUACUAUUUUAUUAGAAUGAUUUACAACGCAAGCUGACAUGUGAACAAAUCACUCGACUGAUAAAGAUCAGCACAC